UUAAUCGUCGUCAUUCGUAGUAUUCAUACAUAGAAAGGUGCUAGAUUAGUAAGCGGGAAAUGACCCAGCGCGUGGCUGAGCGCGUGGCGGCACAACAAGUACGUUUCUGCGAAGCCGCACAGAGUUAAGCCCAAGCGGCCCAGCUUGACAUGUUUGGGCUUGAAAGAAAUUGAAAACAAGCUCGCGAGAAACCCGACAGCAGGUGAUUCCGUUCAAUCCCCAAGACUUGCGACUUGCCCGCUGAUAAGUCUGUGUUCGCUCAUUUGAUGCUUAUCAACAUUAAAUAACUGACAACUUGAUAGUAUCUGCGCCCGCGGCUCUGACCAUUGGCAGAAUUAUCGCAGUUCCUUGUUAUUGGGGGGCUUCCGCGCGAACAUGUUGCAAUCCUGUGAGCGGUAGUAGCAGACGCGUAUUAGAGCAGGCUAGGAGGAAGGGCCGGCCAGCUCUUCCUCCUCGGAGAGAUGGCGUCGGACGCGGACGUGCACCUCUCUUUCGCACCGGCGAUAGCGGGAGGCGAUGUUAUUCCGCUGACUCUAUUGAGGCGGGUACUGUCGAAAAUACCAGAGGGGCUUCCUGGGGUACCAGCUCCCGCACUCGACGAUGGCGCGGUGGGGGUACCUGCGGCGAGCGUCCAUCAACUCCUGUUCGCGGGGCCCGGCGUGCGCAGCCGGCUCUCUCUGCGCCAGCGUUGCUGGCUGCGUGAUGCUGUCAUGCAGCCACCCGCCUCAGAGUCCGGCUCGCAUGCGGCGGCAGGCGCUGGCGGCCCGUCCCCAACCAAGCUCCCCAACGGGCCUACCGCAAAUGGCUCCCCAGCAGCCAACGGGGCCACCGCCGUGGACCGCAGAAACGGCGACGGCGCCUGCCGCAUUAGCGCCGCCGCCGCCAGCGGCAGCGCCGCAGCCACCCUCGGCAGCCCGUCGCGGCUGGUGUGGCUGUGGCGCGUGGCCAUGCCCAACGCGCGCAGCAACUACUGGGCCUCCAGCUUCAAGCCUCUGGAGGGCUUCGUGGAGUUCCCAGCGGAGUGGCUGGGCCGGGCGCUGGCGCUGCCCGCCGCCUCUAAGGACGAGGUGCGCGCCGUCAACGCCUGCCGCGACGCGCUGCUGGCGGCGGCGCACCACGGCGACACGGACGCACUCACGCUGCUGGCGCGGGACAGCAAGCACUUCCGGCAACACACGCUCUCAAACGGCGGCGCCGGCCGCGAUCUCGUCCUGGCCGACCUCACCUGGGCCUACAUGCGCGGCCUCGUGGAGCGGCCGCUGCUGGUCUGGAUGUUCGCACCCAGCCCCUCACACGCCGCCGCUGCCGAAGACGACACGGCCUCGGCCGCGGCGGGCUCGCCCGACGGCGGCGGCUCGUGGCCGCCGGGGCCCUUCGCGGACUGGGCGGCGGGCAGUGACGUGCCGCUCCUGGCGGCGGCGGUGUGCCACAAGUGGGCAGGCGAGUCGGAGGCGGCCACUGAGGCGCUGCUGGACUCCCUCGCGGACCUUGGGUUUGGCUUCCAGCCCAGCGGCCGCACCUUCCUGGCGGCGGUGCGGCAGCUGGCGGAGGGCGGCGUGGGCGAGGUGUUCGUGCGCUGGCUGUUGGCCAGAAGCUGCCCCGUGGGGCCGGAGGGCUGGGCCUACGUCUCUGCCGUGGGGCUGGGCGCGUACGGCGGCCGUGCCGAGGGCGAGCUGCCCGACCUCAACCCCCGACAGCGCAAAACCCUGGACACGCUCGAGGCCCUGGGCGCCCCCGUGCGGGCGCCCGCGGGGUCGCACUCCGCCCACAACUCCCCCGGACACGGCUCUCAGCCGCAACCCGGCUCGCCCGUGCAUCCCCUGCAAGCGUCCCAUCCGCAUCUGAAGGACCCCGCGUCGGCGUCGCACACGCCGCCGUCGCCACGCGCGCCACGCACGCCCACGCUCUCGCCGCCCUCGUCCUCCGCGCCCUCCACCUCGGCGCCCGGCGCUCUCUCCUCCGCCUCAACGGCGGCGCCGCAGCGCAAGAGCCCGCUGGGCUGCUUCGGCCCGUGCUUCGGCGGCAGCGCCGCCGUCAUUGACGCCGCCACCGCAGCCGACCUUGAAGCCGGCGCCGCCAGCCCGCGGAGCGGCGCCAGCGGUGUCACCGUCGGCGCCGCCGGUAGCGCCUCGGCGAAGCGGAGCGGCGGCGGCGCAGCCGCCGCCGCGGCUGCUGCUGCAGGCGGCGCCUCCGCCACUGCUGUUACCGGCGGCGGCGGCGUGUCGGCGGCCCUGGGAGCGCUGCUGGAGUCGCUGCCAGCAGACUGUUUGGCGGUGGGCGGCCCCAGCGCGCGGCCGGGCCGGGCGUUCGGCGGGCUGCGAGCGCUGGUGGAGCAACUGGCCGUGUACAAGACCGCGCAGGCCGUGGCGGAGGCGGUGUCGGCGGCGCGCUCGGCGGAGGCGCACUCGGCCGAGGUGCUCUCCUGCUGGGAGCGCGCGCAGGACGGCCUGGACCGUGGCAACAACAUGGCGGCGCACGUGGACACACAGCGCGCCGCCGCUGCCUGGGAGUCCCUGUGCCGCGACGCGUCGGCGGCGCACCACGCCUCGCUGGCGGCGGCGCGCAGCGCCAGCGCCGCCGCGGCCGGCGGCGCCGGCGCCAGUGAGGAGGACGAGGAUGACAUGGUGGUGGCGGCGGAGGCGGCGGAGGCGGCGGCGCACGCGCGCAAGGUGGCGGAGGAGGCGGGCCAGGCGGCGGCGGAGCAGGCGGUGAAUGCGGCGGCGCCGCCGCCGCACCUCGUCCGCGACCCGGCCACCAUGGCGGCGCUGGCGGCGCAGCAGCACCAGCAGCAAUACAUGGGCGGCGGCGGCGGCGGCGGCGGCGGAGCUGGCGGCGGCGGACAGCAGCGCACGGCGGCAUUUGAGGCGGCGUCGCUGGCGGCACAGGAGGCCACGCGCGGCAUGUUCCUUGGCGCCGCCGUCGGCAGCGGCGCCGCCGGCGGCGGCAACCGCGGCGCCGCCAUGGAGCGGAUGUGGGCCGCCGCCAACGGCGACUGGGAGACAGUGGCGGCGGGCGAGGGGCCAUUCCACCACCACGGCCAGCACCAAGGCGGCGGCGGAGGCGGCGGCGGCGGGGGCAUGCCUGCAGACACGCCCGAGUUUUACGGCAUGGAGGGAGAUGAGGGCCUCGGCAUGGGCGGGCCGCACAGCGGCGGGCCAGGCGACCCCAACGUUGUCGGCGGCGGCGGCGGGCCUGGCGGCGGCGGACAUGGCGGCGAGCUGGCCGGCGGCGGCAUGGGCGGCAGCGGCGGUGGCGGCAUGAUGGGCGGCGGCGACGGCAUGGGUGGAAUGGGCGGCGGCCACAUGGGCUUCGACCACAUGGGCGGCGGCGGCGGCAUGGGCGGCGGCGGCAUGGGAGCAAUGGGCAUGGGUGGUGGUGGUGUGGGCGGUGUGAUGGAGGAGCACUUGGGCUCAGACGGCGAGGAGACAGGCGGGCCCGGCAGCGGCCUAGGCAUGGGCAUGGGCGGAAUGGGCAUGGGCGGCGAGUACGGCGGGGGCCACAUGGGGCAACCGCUGCACAUGGGCGGCGGCGGUGGCGGCGGCGGCGGCCCGAUGGGGCAAGGGUACGGCGGCAUGGGGGGCGGCGGGUACGGCGGCGGUGACGGCGGGUAUGGCAGCCCAGCUGGCCAUAUGGGCGAGGGCGGGUAUGGCGGCGGCGACAGCGGGUACGGCGGCGGUCCAGGUGGCGGCGGCGGCGGCGGCAUGAUGGGCGGGCCGCCCGGUAUGGGCAUGGCCCCCGUACAGGAGGCGGGCGGCCCGGGCAGUGGCUACGGCGGGCCCGGCAGCGGUUACGGCGGCGGGCCUGAGAGUGCCGGCUAUGGCGGUCAGGGCGGCUCAGGCAGCGAUUACGACAACCCAGGUAGUGGGUACGGCGGCGGCCCAGGCAGCGGGUACGGCGGGCCGGGCAGCGGGUACGGCGGACCGGGCAUGGAGGGCGGCGGGCCGGGCACUGGCUACGGCGGCGGGCAGCAGGGAGUGCAGCAUUACUGAGCGCUGCUUGCUGUGCGGCUCGGAUAGUCCCGCCAGGUUGCGCCCAGCAGUUGGCAAAGCGCAGUACUGUUGGCGGGCGAUUGGCCACGGCGCCGUGUGUAGCCGCCGCGCGGCUUUGGCUGGGUCGUGAUAUAGGGUGAGGAACUCCACAGAAUAGUGAAGUAUGAGCGAGCACAGAUACGGGUAUGCGGGCACAUUGGGAUUGUGUUCGCGGUAAGCAUCGGCAUCGCCAUCAGCAUCGAGCGCUGGUGCACCGGCUGUUGUGCGGAGGGUGCCGGACAGGACAGAAACGGCUCUGGUGUGGGCGUGUGUAGGUUUGCAUAGCACGUGAGCGGAGUGAGUGAGCAGCAAGAUGCGGUUCAGACCCUGAAAGCUUUCAGCCGGGUCAGCAGGGAGCUGGCAAGCCAUUUCGCUUGGUAGCAGAUCAAUGUCAUGUGUAAGGUUCUUUUGGAUAGGAGCUGAGUGUGACGGAGGCGGGCGUGUCUUGUGUGGGCGUGGGCGUUAUGACGACGCAGGCGCAAGACGCCUGCGCAUGCAUCGAGGCGGAGGGAAUUAGCAGUUGGUACCGCAUGCGACACAGGUUGGAUGCUUGCUUUCGGCAGCCAGGGCGUUUCCAUCGUGGUGCUGGUCUUUCCGCAUGCCUGCGGUGCGCCCGCUGCCCAGUAAGAGGCUGUGCAUGAGUGUUGUUGAGGUGCAAUACCAAUAAAUAAUGCGCGCGACGCGCCGAUGCGAUGGACACAACUAGGCCACAAGGCAUGAAGGGGGCGGAUGCACGGGCCGUGGCGGCGUGGCCGCACGAUGGCGCCACAGCUAGGAGCACGAGGGUCGGGGGGGGGGGGGGCGGGGUUGCGGCCUGUGUGGGCUUUGCAGGUCGGCACGGCCGGAGCAAACGGCUGUGCAGGCAUGCACUUGAAUGUUUGCAGGAGCCUGGCCCUCAUACGCUGCCACCGUGUAGCUACCUUGCAGUCAGGAAGUGUCCGGUGGAUUGCUAUGCACAUGGCUGCUGUGAAGCACGCUGCAUAAUGGUUUGAGUUAGGACAUGAGUACGCUUUUUUGCCGGCCGGCCUGUUGUUUGCGGAACGGUGGCGGGGCCUGUUCUUGGUUCAGAUGCGCAUGAGGGUCGUCACGCCUUGUCUACGUUACCGCGGGGGUUUGGCUGUCCCUUGCGGUGUCAUUGCAGUAGGGUUCGGGGCGGGGGAGACCGGGGAGGAAGUCGGGCAGGGGUGAACGCCGAUGUUGCAUGCAUGCGGUGUUGAGCACCAUGCGUGUCAAUGAGAUGAGCCAGCAGUGAGGUGUGUGCAGGAGCACAGGGACGUGUGUGUCGUCGCAGCACAUGUGCUUGUGCGGCGGGGUGGCGUGAGCUGUCCAGAACUUGUGCUAUGGCCGUGAGCGUGGUCCCGGCUUGCAUGCUGUGCACUGUCCACGUACUGUCAUGGUGAGGGUAUCCUGGCAAAGAGUUUAAGCAUCGGGUGAUCGGGAAGUGUGAUCGAGUGUCCCCGGUCGCCCAGCGACGGUGCUGUGGCCACACUGGCUGAGGACACGCAAGGCGUCCGGAGUAAGGUCGUAAGGAAUGCGCGCAUCUGCACUGUAACCGCGUGCCCUC